AACUCCUCUGUAUUUCAUCGAUUGCACAUUCUGAGAAAAAGAGAAAAAAGAAAAAGAGCUGAAGAGCUGAUAGAAAGUCUCUGUGCCAGGUUUAGUGGUUCAUCUCCAGUCAGCAGAGUAGGUGGUGUGGUCUUCUUUCAUUACAACUCAACUCAAAGACUGACACCACCAGCAUCUCACACUCACUCUUCUUUAAAGGUACACAGAGAGAGAGAGAGGAUCUUCUGGAGAUGCUCUGAUGGGUCCAUCUACUUAAUAGCCUGAGUAAACUUAAGUAAAGGUGGGGUUUGCUUCUGUCACUGUGCUGAACUCAACUCAACUCAAGACUGAGACCAGCAUAUCUUCACAACGCUCAACUUCACUCAACUCACUUCAACUCAAAGCAAAGGGAGGAUCAGCUGGUGAUGCUCUGUUGGGUCCAUCUGCUUCACUGAUUGAAUUAAGACAAUGGAAACUCAAGCUCCUCUGAAUGUUUCUUCAUUUUUUUCAAAAGAAAAUGUCUCAGAUCAUUCCUGCAAUGUGUUCAUGUUCAAGGACGCGGCUCAGGUUCUCUUUCCCAUCUUUUACAUCACUCUACUUGUGAUCAGUGUCUCAGGCAACAGCCUGGUCCUGUACAUCACCUGCCAGAGGAAGCAGAAGUUCAACUCCACGUCUUUGUACCUGAUCAACCUGGCCAUCUCAGACACGCUCUUCACCCUGGCUCUGCCUGGCAGGAUCACCUACUACAUCCGUGGAUUCGACUGGCCCUUUGGAGACCUUCUCUGCAGACUGACUGCCGUCAUCUUCUUCGCCAACACCUACGCCGGCAUCGCUUUCAUGACCUGCAUCAGCGUCGACCGCUACUUGGCAAUGGUGCACCCACACAGGUGCCUGACGCUGAGAAAAAUCAAAACUGUGCGUGGUGUCUGCGCUCUGGUCUGGGCCAUCAUCGUUUUGGAGACGUCUCCUCUGCUUUUCAGGAACAUGAUGAAGGACUGGGAAAAUCAGCGCACGUGCAUGGAGUACUCCAGUCUGGACGCGUCUCCAAAGAUGCCCUACAUGCUUCUGUUCGCCUGCGCCAUUGGGUUCUGCGUUCCCCUGGGAGUCAUCAUGGGCUGCUACAGCAAGAUCAACUCCAAGCUUUCGAGAAUGGCCAAGGAAAACCCAAUGACCGGCAGGUCGGGAAAGAGUCAGCGAGCCAAGAACGUGAUCCUGCUGAUCCUGCUGAGCUUCGUCGUGUGCUUCGGACCCUACCAUUUCAACAUCAUACAGUUCAUGGUGCGCAGGCUUCUUCGAGAACCUUCCUGCGAGGAGAAGAAGGCCUUCAAAAUGUCCCUGCAGGUCACAGUGUCAAUGAUGAACCUCAACUGCUGCCUGGAUCCGGUUAUCUACUUCUUCGCCAUUAAGACGUACAAGCAGAGGGUGAUGAGCCUCUUUAAGGGCUACAUUCCAUCGCUUUCCUCCAAAAGCAUGCCGGAAAACAGCAGCAGCAACACCUGAAGAAUCACCCAGUUCGUAAUAAAUCAGUCUUUUAAUCAGCAUUUAUGAGCAGCAAGCAGACAUACUUGGACUGUCAAACUGUAAGCCAAGCAUGGCGUGACAAAUCCUCAAAUCCUUGGGUGCAAAAAAGGUUUAGUAUAGUUCACCCCAAAUGAACAUGGACACACGAGUGUAAAUAAAUGUGGUUUGGUUGAGUGUGUUAAUAACACAAACUCUUUUUACAAAACCAUUUUGCAAAACUGACAUCUGUUUUAUAUAUUUACAGUACAUACAGCUUUGGAAACAAAUAAGAAAUGACUUCACUUCAGUUUCUGAAUCAGUUUUUCUGCUUUUGCAACAGUUUUUAUAGGUAUACAUUUGAGUUAAAUGAACAUAAAAAAUAUUGUCAUUUACAGCAUUUAUUUGUAGAAGAUAAGAAAUGGCUGAAAUAACAAAAAAGAUGCAGAGCUACUUUCAGACCUCAAAUAAUGUGAAGAAAACAAGUUCAUAUUGAUCAGAAAUUUUCAUUGAUCAGUUUCAUGCAUCUUGGCAUCAUGUUCUCCUCCACCAGUCUUACACACUGCUUUUGGAUAACUUCAUGCUGUACACUCCUGGUGCACAAAUUCAAACAGUUCAGCUUAAACAGUUUGAUGGCUUGUGAUCAUCCAACUUCCUCUUGAUUAUAUUCCAGAGGUUUUCAUUUUGGUAAAAUCAAAGAACUCAUCAUUUUUAAGUGGUCUCUUAUUUUUUUUCCAGAGCUGUAUAUAUUUCAUAGCGUUGUCUCAUUUUUAGUUCUUAACUGCUGUUAAUGUUUCCUGUUUUUGUCACCUAAUAGUGAAACUGUGAUGUUUGACUGAUUACCAAGAUGAGCUGGUGAAGGAGACAGUGGUAUGCAGUGGUUUACACAGAUUUUACACACCUCUCUGCAGGUUAUCUUGUAACAAUCUAUUCAGGAAAUUGCUGCAUACAUACAGACUUGCAGAUCAGGGCAUUGAGCAAGUGAACAAACACAUAGAAUACAUGUUUAAAAGUUUAGGGUAAAAAGUUAGAAACGUUCAACUUACAUUCAACUAAGAAUGAAUUAAAUUGAAUUUAAUUUAUUUGGACAUUUAGUGGAAUGUUCAUACAACAGUACAUUUGCAUGAAAUGAAGAAAUAGUAACAACACCUCAACCCAAAAUUCCAUAUUUGACUUAUUAAAAAUUGAUAUAAUAGUCAAAUAUUCACACAUUUUAGAAAAUCACAUAAAAAAAAAGUUUAUAUACUAUGCUAUAUACAGGGGUUGUACAAUGAAACUGAAACACCUGUUGUCACUUUAGUGUGGGAGGUUUCAUGGGUAAAUUGGAGCAACCUAGUGUCCAAUCUUCAUUAAAUGCACAUUGCACCAGUAAGAGCAGAGAGUGAAGAUUCAAUUAGCAGGGUAAGAGCACAAAAUAUUGCAAUGCACACAACAUUAUGGGUGACAUACCAGAGUUCAAAAGAGGACAAAUUGUUGGUGCACGUCUUGCUGGAGCAUCUGUGACCAAGACAGCAAGUCUUUGUGAUGCAUCAAGAGCCACGGUAUCCAGGGUAAUGUCAGCAUACCACCAAGUAGGACCAACCACAUCCAACAGGAUUAACUGUGGACGCUGUAAGAGGAAGCUGUCUGAAAGGGAUGUUCGGGUGCUAACCCGGAUUGUAUCCUAAAAACAUAAAACCACGGCGGAUCAAAUCACGGCAGAAUUCAAUGUGCACCUCAACUCUCCUGUUUCCACCAGAACUGUCCGUUGGGACAAUACAUUAUUGUGCUUUAAAACCAGGUCUUUCAUUUUCAUUGUCCAACCCCUGUAUACAGUAUAUAGCAAGACAUGUAUAAUCCUGUAAUUAAACAUAAACUGAGAAGAAAUGAGCUGUAAAUGGUGCUGGUUUUGUAUGUAUUUGUGUCUCUUGAGCUCUUAGUCUUUUAGUAUUGAUAUUUUUGUGAUUGUAUAAUUUUGUAUAAACUCUGAAGUGUGUGAAGAUCAGCGCUGAUAAGAGCUGUGGGUAGGAAAUGUGGUGUAAGGCGUGAAAAGGAAACAAAAAAAACAAAGUGGAACAAUACCUCCAUUCUUCACCCACCAAGUUUUCAUAAGACUUUCAGUAAUUGUAAUGAACAUUUUUAGAUCUCAUGACUGUUAUUUUCCUACCUGUUCCACAUUACUUGGCAACAAUGUGAAUGACUUGGCUUAUAUUAGUAAAUGUAAGCAAAUCCACUGGCUUAUAUAAACUUAGAUUCUGGCUUAUAUGAGUGGCUGUCUGUAAGACAAGUUACUGUGGUUCUUACUGUACUAUUUCUUAUGUUUCUUAGGAGAUUGCUGUACAUUUUUUACAUUUUAAGGAAAAUAUAUGUUUGUUUUCCAAAUUUCUAUCUCUUUCAUCGUUUCUCUCAAAAGAAAUUA